GCGUAACCAAAUCCAAUAUGGUAGCCUUUGGUUUUGGAGUCUUCCGAAUCUAGAGCAAUUUGAUGAUAGUUAAGUGUAUAAGCAUUCAAAGAAACAAUAAUUGAUACAGAGAAGAACAGAAUAAUAGUACAACUAGCAUCAUGGAAGCUAUAUUCAUCCAGAUGGAUAGGGUAUUGCUGCAUUCAUUAAUGGAAGCUGUUGACAAUAUUAAUGCUGGAAUAGGUAACGGAAAUGUUCCAUGUUCAGCGUUGGAGUUACAAAAUGUAAGAAUGAUGGAGAUUCUACAGGAAUUGUGUCUGAUUCAAUACUUCAACAAUGAAGCUAUUCCUACUCCAGUAUUUGACAGCGAGUUCUGGGAAACUCAGGAUUUAUCUUCUCUUAGUGUUAUGAUUGUGCCUAAUGGUGUCUACAUAUUCAGGCGUGAUGACUUUGGUUCAGUAAUAGAACAUCAGCAGAUGAUUUCUAAUGCCAACCAAUAUGCCCGUUACAUGGAGGAAAUGUUUAUUGCUGGAAAUGUGGUCGCAUUGGAAGCCUCUGAUCCAGCUCAGGACUGGAUCAGUCAGGAAAUGAUUAAACCGCAUGUGAUAACAAUAAGGGAAAUGUUAAAAUUCACGGAUGUUCAGAUCAAAAAUGGAUUGGAAAAUCUUCAUAGAAGAGGUGAGGAGAUCAAUUUCCUGAAUCUGCUGGACGCCCUGAUUCUGACGGAGGAUGCUGUGGUGAAUGUUUAUGUCGGGACAAGGAAAUAUGCCUUCUCUGCUGAUGUCAAACUUGUCCUCCAUGAAUGUUUUGAUAAAUACCAGAGAGAACCAACAAUGGAAGAAUUUGACCAGGAAUGGAAUCGCAUCAAAGGUACUGGCAUAGAACAUUUGAUCAACCUUCUGGACAUAGAGAGAACCAGGGCUGAACAGGCCGAUACCAGGGCUGAACAGGCCGAUACCAGGGCCAUCAGGGCACACAGGGAGAGGAUUGAGGCUAUGAGGCAGAUUAACACAGCCAUGGAGGACAGGAAUGAAGCACAGGAGAUGAUGAAUGCUGCCAUUGAGGAAAUCAUACAGGCCAAGGAUAGGGAAGAGAGUCUAGAGGAGGAGAAGAGGAGAGCAGAGGAGGAGAUUGUACAGAGGAUACAAAAGGAGGCAAUGUUACAGGAGGAGAAGAGGAGAGCAGAGGAGGAGAUUGUACAGAGGAUACAAAAGGAGGCAAUGUUACAGGAGGAGAAGAGGAGAGCAGAGGAGGAGAAGAGGAGAGCAGAGGAGGAGAUUGUACAGAGGAUACAAAAGGAGGCAAUGUUACAGGAGGAGAAGAGGAGAGCAGAGGAGGAGAUUGUACAGAGGAUACAAAAGGAGGCAAUGUUACAGGAGGAGAAGAGGAGAGCAGAGGAGGAGAAAAGGAGAGCAGAGGAGGAGAAGAGGAGAGCAGAGGAGGAGAAGAGGAGAGCAGAGGAGGAGAAGAGGAGAGCAGAGGAGGAGAAGAGGAGAGCAGAGGAGGAGAUUGUACAGAGGAUACAAAAGGAGGCAAUGUUAGAGGAGGAGAAGAGGAGAGUAGAAGAAAUGUUAUUACGUGAAAAGAUGAGGGAACAAAUCAGAGCAGAGAUAUUGGAACACGAAAAGAGGAAACUUGAAGAAGAAAAACUGUUAAUGGCAGCAAAAUUUGAGGAGGAGAAGAGAAUUCUUUUAUCACGAAUACAACAAAUAUCAGGAUGUGCACAAGCAUGAUUUGUGUGUUGAGUGGGUGUUGUAUGUUUAGUGGUUUGAAUGAGAGCUGUGUGCUGUAAGGAUGUGAUCAAAAUCAUGAAUGCUAGUUUGUAUAGUCUACAUUUGACAGCUAUUAUGUAAUUUAAAUGUAAUCUUAUUAAGUCAAGGGGAAGCUACUCUGUACAGACCACAAUUUAUUCAACUUUUCCAGAUAUAAGUUGAACAUUUGAAUAUAAAUUUGGUUUGUUAUCUGAUUGUCAUCUGCUACGUCUUUGUUAGCAUUAAGAUAUAUUGCACAGUACCAAAAUCGUUAUAUAUUUUCUAAUAUAUCAUGAUCUAUUUCAUCAUCUGAACAUUAUAGUGCUAUUCAUAGUUUGAGUGUAAAUAUGGUAUCAAUCACAUUGUCAUCACAUUGUAAAUAUCUCCUCUUUAACAUUAUCAGUGUCAAUAUCUCCAUCAUUACAUUAUCAGUGUAAAUAUCUCCAUCAUUACAUUAUCAGUGUAAAUAUCUCCAUUAUUACAUUAUCAGUGUAAAUAUCUCCUCUACGUUAUCAGUGUAAAUAUCUCCAUCAUCACAUUAUCGUUUAACAAUUAUCAGACUUAGUAUCUGUGACAUAACCUUUUCAGUGUUAAUAUCUCGUACAUUACAUAACAUUAUCAAAAUGUAGAUAUAUUAUUUUGUUUUCUGACUGAUAUUUAAAUAUUUACAUCCCUAGUGACCCAACCUGAGUCAUCUGCUUGUAAAUAUUUGAAUCAUGUCAGUUCGAUUGGGUUAUAACUGUACAUUAACUCUCAUAUCAAGGAGUAUUUUGUUUUAUUGUACCAGAUUUCCGGUACAAUCACAUUCAACACAGUUUAGAUGAGGGUAAAUUGAACGCUUGCCCUCAAGUAAUGUUUGUUGUUUCAUAUGAGAGCUAUAGAAGUUUUUCAUCAAUAUUUUUUUUCAUUACAUAUGUUGUGGAUACAAAUUAAUUUUGAUAAUGGUACAUUAAUCACUAUGAAAUGGAAAGAUUUCAUCCUCAUUCUAUUUUUCAACGUAAAUACACUGUAUAAAAAUAUCACAGAUUGCAGCAAAAACAUUUUUGUUUUUCAUUGAUAGUAUUUUAAAUGGCAGCAGAGAUUAUAUACAAACCUGAAGUAUAUACAGUACUGUAUACAAAUGAUGUCGCAAUAUGUUGAAUUUGAUUUUUUUUUCCACAAAAUCUCCACUCAAUUUCCUCAUCAAAAUUUUCUUGAAAUAAUUUUUGUUUUCACAAAAAGAAUAUGACAGAUUUCUAUACAUGUCUAUCACUUGCAGCUGAAUUCUUUUGCUUUUGCCAAAAAAUCAUGUUAGGUAAUUAAAAGAAUGAAAUAAAGUUAAAUCUAAUUGUAAUAUUCAUUUUAAUCUUAAGUUCACUUUAAUCGUUUUUAAUGUCCUUUAUGUACCAAGGUGAAUUAUUACUGAUCAGUUGAGCUGUAUUUUAUUAAAAACAAUGUUUGAAAAUCUCAUGACGCAUGGUCUAUUUUAAGAAUUACAACUUAAAUUUUUAAAUAGAUUUAUUUAAUAAAUGAAUAUUUAAAAUAUUUUUAAAAAUCUCGCAACAGAAUUUUUUAAAUGCACAUGUUUUAUAAAACUUCCUUCAAUAUUUGUUAAAAGUAUUUUUUUAACUUCUGAAGAAUUUGAAAAUGUCUUACAAAAGUGUAUAUGACAAUUAUUAUAUGCUAGAGGCAGUAAUGUUCUAUGAAGAUUUAUUGUCAUCACUGAAAAAUGUAAAGGGAGGUAAUUUAUCUUGUUGUAAAUGUUUGCUUAAUAUAAUGUUAUUUUAAAGUGCUGGUCCAUUUCUUGGUAUGAAAUAAGCUGUCUCUUUUGAAUUAUUCUGAAGGGAUCAAUAUAUAUUUAUAUACUUGUGUAGAUUUUAAAAUUUGUUGUCUAGUUGAUGUUGGAAAUCAUGGUCUAAGACAUGUAUUACCUCUAAUUCCCAGGUAUAUCAGGAGUGAGAAUUUAUAUUGAUGUUUUUUUCUGGAUUUAAAUGUUUGACAGUUUAAGAUACAGAUUUGUAACAAAAACCAAAAGUUUCUUCCAAUAGACAAAAGUGUAUGUUUUAAAACCUCUGAUGAGUAAUUCUCAAAAAGAAUUCUGUAAAUUUUUCUUGUUUGGUUAGUUACAAUUAUUAGGAGUAUGGCAAAUCAAGGAUGUAGAAUCGGGUUACGAUGUUAUUAACAUUCAAUGAUACAGAAUUGUAUCAUCCUCAAUGUUAUCAUUCAGAUACUAACUAGCAUCGGUACUGAAUCACAAAAUUGUAGCGGUAUUAUUACAGAUUUAGAAUUGAUAUAUUCUAACAGCAUUUUAUUUAGCAACGGGAUUUAUUUUUCUUUCAAUUUUGAAAAGGCAAGGAAAGACCUUUGUCUAUAAAUUUUGAAUUAGUAAUGGAAUAAUUUGACAUUAAAUUUCGAAUUACUGAGGGAAAUAUUUUGUCAUUAAGAUUUGAAAUACCAAGUGAAUACAUAAUCAAUGGAAUUUUUUUUUUAAUUAGCAAGUGAAUUCUUGGACUUUUAUAGAAUUUUAUGAAUGAUAUGUACAGAUGUUUCUUGUAAUAUUUAUAUACGAUAUUAUGAUGUUUUGUGGCAAGGUUACUCUUAAGUAAAAUGCUGUCUAUCAUCAAAGAAAAGUUUUGAAUUUUCAAAGGUACACUGCAUUUGAUAUUUGAUGUAAUGUUGGUAUUUAUUUUCAUAAUUUGAGAAGGGGUUACUUUAUGACUGAACACAAAAAGGUUGACCAAAUGAAAUAUGUACUUGUGUACAUUUGACAUGUUUUACUGAAUUUAAAAAUCUUGUUAGAUUUGAACCAUUUCAUUAUUUUUUUUAAGAUGGGAAUUGUGUAUGUAAUCUUACAAUUUAAGACUUUCCAAUGUGAAAUCUAAUAUAAUAAAUGUUCUAUACUGUUGCUGAGAAUUGACAAAUGUCUAUUUUCUAUAUAUAUUAAGUAUACCUUAUCAUGACAAAAACAAAUUCUACCCAGAGACAUUUUAAAGUCUCCACACCAUCUAUAUUAUGAUUAUAUUACUGUACAUACAUGAAUGGUUGACAAGUUUUUUUUAUUAUACCUUAUUGACAAGGUAUCCUUGAUACUCCAGGGGUUACGAUUACAUACAUUCUCGUGAUCAUGACCCCAGGGGUGUUGAAGAUGUUGACAAGGAUGGCGAGUAACUAAAUGUGUUGAGGUAGACGUUGGUUAGUAUUGCAAUAUAACAAAGUUUUGUCUAUUUUCUGUAUUUCAAGAUAGGACUGUCAUUUCUUUUGUACCCAUUGAAAAUAAUCUAUGCAGCAGCUAUCUAAUAAAGUAAAAGAAAAACAAAAUA